GAGCAGUGCACCGGGCGCCGUAGGAGCCGCGCUUUGGUUCCUGGCUCCCGCGAUAUGGCUUUCAAUUUUGGGGCUCCCUCGGGCACGUCGGGCUCCGCUGCAGCCACCGCGGCACCUACGGGAUUUGGUGGGCUUGAGACUGCCAACUCCACCGCCAGUGGGUUUAAUUUUGGGGGUUUCGGAUUAACUGCUAAUCCUGCAGUGAACUUUAAUAUUGGGAAUUUCGGUGUUUCUACCACCUCGGCGACUCCGUUCAAUUUUGGUAACAGUCUGGCAAGUGCAGGUGGGUUUGGAGGAUUUGGCACAACAUCUACAACUGCAGGUUCUGCGUUCAGUUUUUCUGCUCCAGCUAACACAGGCACCACAGGACUGUUUACUCAGAACAAAGGUUUUGGAUUUGGUACUGGUUUCGGCACAACCACCGGAACUAGUACUGGUUUAGGUGCUGGCUUGGGAACUGGACUGGGAUUUGGAGGAUUUAAUACGCAGCAGCAGCAGCAGCAGUCUACAUUAGGUGGUCUCUUCAGUCAGCCUACACAAGCUCCUGCCCAGUCCAACCAGCUGAUAAAUACUGCAAGUGCUCUUUCUGCUCCAACGUUAUUGGGAGAUGAGAGAGAUGCUAUUCUGGCAAAAUGGAAUCAACUGCAGGCCUUUUGGGGAGCAGGAAAAGGAUAUUUCAACAAUAACAUUCCACCAGUGGAGUUCACACAAGAAAAUCCCUUUUGCCGAUUUAAGGCAGUAGGUUAUAGUUGUAUGCCCAAUAAUAAAGAUGAAGAUGGCCUAGUCGUUUUAGUUUUCAUCAAAAAAGAAACAGAUAUUCGAAGUCAGCAACAGCAGUUGGUAGAAUCAUUGCAUAAAGUUUUGGGAGGAAACCAGACCCUUACUGUAAAUGUAGAGGGUAUUAAAACGUUGCCAGACGAUCAGACAGAAGUUGUCAUUUAUGUUGUUGAACGUUCUCCAAAUGGUACUUCAAGAAGAGUUCCAGCUACGACUCUCUAUGCCCAUUUUGAACAAGUCAGUAUAAAAACACAAUUGCAGCAACUGGGUGUAACCCUUUCUAUGACUAGAACAGAACUCUCUCCUGCACAGAUCAAACAGCUUUUACAGAAUCCUCCUGCUGGUGUUGAUCCUAUUAUCUGGGAGCAAGCCAAGGUGGAUAACCCUGAUUCUGAAAAGUUGAUUCCUGUACCAAUGGUGGGUUUCAGAGAACUUCUUCGAAGAUUGAAAGUUCAAGAUCAGAUGACUAAGCAGCACCAGACCAGAUUGGAUAUCAUAUCUGAAGAUAUCAGUGAGCUACAAAAGAAUCAGACUACAACAAUGGCCAAGAUUGCACAAUAUAAGAGGAAACUCAUGGAUCUUUCUCAUCGAACAUUGCAGGUCCUAAUCAAACAGGAAAUUCAAAGGAAGAGUGGUUAUGCCAUUCAGGCUGAUGAAGAGCAGUUGCGAGUUCAGCUAGAUACGAUUCAGUGUGAACUAAAUGCACCUACCCAGUUUAAGGGCCGACUUAAUGAACUGAUGUCCCAAAUCAGAAUGCAGAAUCAUUUUGGAGCAGUGAAAACUGAAGAAAGAUACUACAUAGAUGCAGAUCUGCUACGAGAAAUCAAGCAACACUUGAAACAGCAGCAGGAAGGCCUGAGCCACUUGAUUAGCAUCAUUAAAGAUGACCUGGAAGACAUCAAAUUGGUCGAACACGGAUUGAAUGAAACCAUCCACGUCAGAGGUGGUGUUUUCAGUUGACGGUUUACACUCGUGUUAGAGGCGUGUCAGAUGCAUCCUCCUGCGGCAUCAGGCCUUUCCUGACUGCCUGUAUGGAAAAAAGAAGGAAACAGCCUUCACUCGGCUCGGUUUCUGAGAAGCUUUCUGACAAAUUACUGUAAAUCACAUUGAAGUAACAGUCACCUCACAGCUCUUCAGAAAUAACCUCGAAAGGUUUAUAUCCAAAGCUGUAUUUACUUUAAAAAGAAGUACAUAAUUAUCAAAAGUAUAUGUACUAUUGUACAUUCUGACAAGUUUCUUAAACAUAAUCAGUAUUUAAUGAUUAUUCUCCAUUGAGCCUGUACUCUGCUUUCUAUAGCAAGUAAAUAUGAAAUAUUGACUUUGCACAGAACAAAACAAACUGAAUAAUCACUUGACUGUCAGGUAUUUGUACUUCAGAGUAAAAUGUACAUCAGUUUUUAUAUUUGUGAAUUCAUCUGUGGGAGGAGUAAAGAAAAUCCAGAAGUAUUUAAUGAUUGCUAUGGUCUUUUUUUGUUCUAUAAAGAAAGUCUAUUUUUAUAUUAUUUUACUUAUUUGAAAUUUACAGAGAACAAUUAAGCAAUUAGGAUAUAACAAUAAUCACCAUUUCUGUAAUCUUUUUGUUUUUAAGCCUUUUUAUUUCCAAAAAGCUAAAAACUUAUAAAUAAAUUCUUAAUUUGUAAUUACUUUUA